AUGGACACACCAUACGUUCCACUUAGCCUGGCUCGGCGGGAAAUUCGAAUCCUCGAGUUGACUCCCGGAAACUACGCUGACGAUCUCGUCAUUGUCCUUCACAUCGAAAGCUUACACCAGAAGCUUCCGGAGUAUUACGCAUUAUCGUACGCAUGGGGCAAACUACCAUCACUUCAGAAGGCAUUGGUCGACGGUAGGGCGAUGGCUAUUGGUUUGAAUCUUGACUGCGCCCUUCGCCAUAUUCGUUGCACCCUCACUCAACCAAUCCGGAUGUGGGUUGAUGCUUUGUGCAUCGAUCAGUACAAUAUAGACGAAAGAAAUUCACAGGUCCUGCUGAUGAAGGAAAUUUACUCUUCGGCCGAGCGCGUUCUCAUAUAUCUGGGCCCAGAGCAUGCCGAUAGUGCAGCCGCUACAACGUACAUACGGAGAAAUGAAGUUCCUCGGUCAAAGGAGGAGUACUUUUCCCUUCUAGACUGCGUUGAGUCGAUUUGCCAGCGUCCAUGGUUUGGAAGGGUUUGGGUCGCUCAAGAACUGGCUCUAUCUCGGCAAGACCCGACGGUGUACCUAGGUACAACAACAAUCCCUUGGUCACAAUUGUACGACUACUUCGUGAAUCUAGAUCAAGCACCACGUGAUCUAGACGGUCAUCCAAGAAUCACCUCUUUCAUGGAGGUCAUGUAUCGGGUGAGGAGACUAGGGCGGGUUCGGGUUGUACGGACGACAAGUCUAAACCUACAAAUCUUUCGCUCCGCGCCUGCUCUAGCGACCGAUGAAAGAGACAAAGUAUUUGGCCUGCUUGGCAUAUGCGCUUUCACACCCAAUCAGAUGAGGCUUGUUCCAGACUACACUAAAUCAACAUCACGCGUAUUUGCUGAGGCAACAGUCUCUAUGCUGCAAGAAGGCGGCAAUCUGCCAUACGGGCUGUUGCCGUUACAGCCUCCAAGCCUUCUUCGAGAGGGAUGUCUCUAUCAACGUCUCCCUGAUCUGCCAACGUGGGCUCUGGAUCUAAACAUAUCCUCACAAGCUGCACAGCUGCAUGGCCAAAACGGUCCAUAUUGGCUGAUUCCUAAUCGCGCCGUUCACCCUGGAUUGCUUCUUUCAAGUACCGACCACAUACCAAAUCGAGUGCAGGUCUGCAAGGAUUUCAAGCGCCUCACUACCUUCGGCGUACACUUGGGGACUGUUGUAGCGACACAUUCGUCAGUCAUUAACGACGAUGGAUACAGAGGCUUUCAGAAACGCGCCACCGCAUUGCGCAGCAUCUACAAUGUAUACAUGAAGCCGCGCCAGAUCUCUGCAUACUCGCUACUCCAAGCUCUUACUGUGGAUUUUAAAUCGCCCGUUCUUGACUCGAACAUAUCGGAAAAUUUUCCAGACUUGUUCGAACAACUUCUGAGCUCUCAAGCGGAUAUCACCUUUCCUUCUCCUUUCUUCGAUAUCCUUGUGGCGAUGUCAAACCACGAGACAUGCCUCCUGUUCUUCACUGAUAAUAAUCACGUCGGUAUCACAAACCAUCACGAUCUGGAUAAUGGUGUUCGUGAGGGCGAUGAAGUCGUGGGUCUACUUGGUAUCAACUUUCCAUUCGUUCUUCGAUCGCUUCCAGGAGGACUGGAGAUCAGUUCGACAUACAACAUGAUCAACAUUGCGCACGUAGCAGAUCACCAGUGGGAGCAUGACUUCUUAAAGGAUGCUAGACCAGGUGCGCAAUGGUCAGACUUCCAGGCUAAUGGACUGAAAGAAUACACAAUAGUAUAA